UGGUCAUGAGAAAAUAGUGAGGCAGGCCAAUGAGAGUGUUAGAAAAUACCAGGACCCAGAUAUAUACGCUAGGAUUAAACAAUGGAAGGAAGGAACACGAAGUGUUAACGAGGACCUUCUUGACAUGCUAAUCACUCUAAAAGAUGACGAAGGGAACACUCUAUUGACGGCUGAGGAGAUUAAAUCCCUCGUUUUGGAAAUAACUGUUGCAACCGUUGACAACCCGUCAAAUGCGGUUGAAUGGGCUCUUGACGAAAUGUUAAACCAGCCACAUAUAUUCGUGAAAGCCCUUCAAGAACUAGACGAAGUUGUUGGAAAAGAUCGGUUCGUCCAAGAAUCUGACAUGUCAAAUCUCCAUUACAUUAGAGCUUGCAUAAAAGAGUCUCUACGAAUCCAUCCAUUUGCACCUUUCAAUCUCCCUCAUGUGUCCACUCGUGACACCACAGUGGCUGGUUACUUCAUACCAAAAGGAAGUCAUGUUCUCUUGAGUCGUCCAGGUCUAGGAAGAAACCCUAGGAUUUGGGAUGACCCUCUUCUGUUCAAGCCCGAGCGCCACCUUAAAGAUGACAAGUCACAAGUGAUCUUAAAUGAUCCGGAUCUCCGUAUAUUCUCAUUCAGCAUAGGUCGACGUGGUUGUGCUGGAGUCAACCUAGGGACUACAGUUUCAGUGAUGCUCUUAGCUCGACUUCUUCAAGCUUUCACAUGGUCUCCACCACCAAACACUCCUUACAUCAAGUGUGUUGAAGGUGCUAGUGAAAUGCUUCCUUCCAAACCUCUUCUUGCCUUUGCAACGCCCCGUUUGGAUGAGAAGAUGUACUAUUCACUAUUCCAAAAUUAG